UCCCUCUCCCUGCAGUGUACCAACGGGCACCUGAUGUGCGCCGGCUGCUUCAUCCACCUCCUGGCAGACGCUCGGCUGAAGGAGGAACAAGCCACAUGCCCCAACUGCCGCUGCGAGAUCAGUAAGAGCUUGUGUUGCCGAAACCUUGCCGUGGAAAAAGCCGUCAGCGAGCUGCCCUCUGAGUGUGGCUUCUGCAUGCAGCAGUUCCCCCGCUCCCUCCUGGAGAGGCACCAGAAGGAGGAAUGCCAGGACAGGGUGACCCAGUGCAAAUACAAGCGGAUCGGCUGCCCCUGGCAGGGUCCUUACCACGAGCUGACGGUGCACGAAGCAGAAUGCACCCACCCCACCAAAACCGGCAACGAGCUGAUGGAGAUUUUAGAUGAAAUGGACCAAACGAGGAAAAAAGAAAUGCAGCUUUAUAACAGUAUCUUCAACCUGCUCAGCUUCGAGAAAAUUGGCUACACAGAGGUGCAGUUCCGCCCGUACCGCACCGACGACUUCAUCACGCGGCUGUACUACGAGACGCCGCGGCUGACCGUCCUCAACCAGACGUGGGUGCUGAAGGCGCGGGUGAACGACUCGGAGCGGAACCCCAACCUCUCGUGCAAGCGCACGCUCUCCUUCCAGCUCAUCCUGAAGAGUAAAAUCAACUCGCCCAUGGAGUGCUCCUUCCUCCUCCUCGAGGGACCCUACGACGAUGUGAAGAUCCGCCCCGUCAUUUACCACUUCGUUUUCAGCAACGAGAACAACGAGACGGAUUAUAUGGCGCUGCCCAUCGUCGAUUCUGUGGAGUGCAACAAACUGCUGGCGGCCAAAAACAUCAACCUCCGCCUUUUUAUAUUUCAAAUCCAAAAAUAA